AUGGUUGAUCAGACUCAAGGACAAAAUUACAUUGGUUCAGUCCAUCUUAUUGAAGAAUAUCCUCGCAUUAACCCUCAAAAUCAGGCAUUUCAGCCGACUUGGUGUCCUCCUUCGCACGACUUAUGCCAGCCAAGUUAUACGCAUCAACAAACUCAAUAUUCGCAUUCACAUAAUGCGUAUCAAAGAUCACCAAAUCACUCUCAGAAACACCGCCUUAAACAACGGAUCAACCAACGUCAGCGUUCUCGACCUCGACAAAAUCCAAAUUCUAGUCGCUCUAAUAGAAAAUCUGAACCGAUAUCACAGCCUACCAUUUACACACUACCAAUGGAUGUUCCGUUUAUG